AUGGGCGAUGACCAGGGAGAUUACAAAGCAACGGAGACUUCCCUCGUGGAACCUCUGAACUACAGCCUAGCCUCGCGCAGCUCUAGUUCGCCUGCAACCAUUCCCACGUUCGACUUUACGUCGUUCACCACGGCUUCACAUCAGUCAACAUGGCUUCCCUCACCAGCUCCCCCAGCCUCACGGCAACCACUGCAUACAUCCCACACCGAAUUCGCGCCUCCGCAGACGGACUUCGUGCUCUACGACCAGCCGGGUCAAGUCCCUCAUCGGCCGCAGCGUGCACCGAGCGCUCCUCAACCUGGGCAUCCGUUUAACGCAGGCCAGCACUUCUACGCAAAUUCUGCGCCAUCAUCAACUUCAGCAUUUCCUCAGCCCCAGUUACAACAGCGUCCACCGGUUCCCUUGUUCUCUAGCUCCAGCAACAACGUCCCACAAAACAACGUCGCAGCCAUGGCAGAUUUAAACAGCAACAACUCCUUCGACUCAGGCGCCAGCCUGUUGCACGGCUUCUCGAGCGAGAUGUCUCCUUGGGAGGGUCAAGUUACCGCGUUCACGUCAAUCAACCCCUCUGUCUCUUCGGGGUCGACGCGCACUGUUUCCCCCAAGGACCUCUAUCUUGAUCCCCAACAAUCUGCGCCUGCUUCCACGGCGUUCACAAACUUGACUUCUCCUGAUAUCGGCGACUCUCCUUAUACCUAUGACCUCAACGACAGCUUCGACAACUCCCCGAUGUUCCAGGGUGAGCCCGUGAUGCCCUCCGAGCACUGGUACCCUCUGUUCCCCGAGGAAGAGUCAAAGUCUGCUGCGCUCGACUUGCCGCCCGUUGCCCCUGUCGCUCCUGCCCUUGAGCGCACCGUCAGCACCAAUACGAACAAGUCUAGCGCGUCGAGUUCGAACUCCCCCGUUGUUUUGCCGCACCGAAGGAAGUCGUCUGUCACGGAUUCACCUGCCACGAAUGCAGGCAUCACGAAGGCUCGUCGCCGAAAGGGUCCUCUGCCCCAAAUCGUUGUCGAUAGCACCGACAAAGUGGCCGCGAAGCGAGCGCGCAAUACACUUGCAGCUCGUGACUCUCGACAGCGAAAGUUGGACCACGUCAUGAACCUGGAGAAACGCAAUGCUGAGCUGGAGCUUGAGGUGGAGAGGUGGAGGAGCAUUGCUUAUGCUCAAGGUUACAGCGAAUCGUAAAUACCUGCGCCUCUCGAAUUCGGAUCGGAUCAGUGGUCUUAGGGGAGCUGGUGAAGGUCUUCCACCCAGUUCCGCUUAGGCAAGUGUUUCCUUAUCUUAUUGUCUACUUGCUUUUUGGGGUUCUUCUCACCUUUCCUUCUAUCGCCUGGUAGUUGGAAGUGGGAUGCCCAUGAUUUCUUAUCUGUCUUGUUUCCGGCCGGGGUGUAGUCUCCCUGUGGUGAUCGACUCCUCAUGGCAACGGUACGGUGGUUUGUCGACGAUGCUCGGAUCCGAGAUGCGAGUGAAUCCUGUCCU